GCUGCGCACUCUCCAUUGGCUGAGAGCGGCGGCAGGGGCAGGCCCAGGCCUGCGAUUGGCUGUUGGAGCAAGGUGUCCGGAGGCCCUAGCGGCCGGCGGGCGCGGGUGGUCAUGGAUCCCCCGCCGGUGCUGACCCGGGGGGCUGCGCAGCAGAGGGGCCCCACAGCCCCGGAGAAGCAGGCGCAGGACCAGUCGGAACGGAGGCCGGGGCGGCGGAGGCCGGGGCGGAGGAUCAAAGAGGACCAAGAAGAGGAAGCAGUUUUUAGAGAUGUGGUCAGUUUCACCCCGGACCCUUUACCAGCUAGAUAUUAUGACAAGGACAAAACCAGACCUAUCAGCUUCUACUUAUCUUCACUGGAGGAGCUCCUGGCAUGGACCCCCCUCAUGGAGGAUGGUUUCAAUGUCGCCCUGGAGCCCCUGGAGCGUCGCCAGCCCCCACUGAGCAGCCCUAGGCCCCGGACCCUGCUGUGCCACGACAUGAUGGGCGGGUACCUGGAAGACAGGUUCAUUCAGGGCUCACAGGUGCAGACUCCGUACUCCUUCUACCACUGGCAGUACAUCGACAUCUUCGUGUACUUCAGCCACCACACGGUCACCAUCCCCCCCGUGUGCUGGACCAACGCCGCCCACCGGCAUGGGGUCUGUGUGCUGGGGACCUUCAUCACAGAGUGGCAGGAGGGAGGCAGGCUCUGUGAAUCCUUCCUGGCUGGGGAUGAGCGCUCCUACCAGGCAGUGGCUGAUCGGCUGGUCCAGAUCGCUCAGUUUUUUCGUUUCGAUGGUUGGCUCAUCAAUAUCGAGAACUCUCUGAGCCCAGCUGCUGUGGGGAACACACCUCCAUUUCUCCGGUACCUGACCACACAGCUCCAUCAGCAGGUUCCUGGAGGUCUGGUGCUCUGGUAUGACAGCGUGGUACAGAGUGGGCAGCUCAAAUGGCAGGAUGAACUCAAUGAACAGAACAGGGUCUUCUUUGACUCCUGCGAUGGCUUCUUCACCAACUAUAACUGGCGGGAGGAACACCUGCAGAGGAUGGUGGCGCAGGCCGGGGAGCGCCUGGCUGACGUGUAUGUGGGCGUGGAUGUGUUUGCUCGGAGCAAUGUGGUCGGAGGCCGUUUUGAUACAGACAAGUCGAUGGAGCUGAUCCGUAAGCAUGGCUUCUCAGUGGCGCUGUUUGCUCCUGGCUGGGUGUAUGAGUGUCUGGAUAAGAAUGACUUCUUUCAGAACCAGGACAAGUUCUGGAGACUGCUGGAGCGCUUCCUGCCCACACACAGCAUCAGCUCCCUGCCUUUUGUCACCUCUUUCUGCCUGGGUCUGGGGACUCGAAGAGUCUGCUAUGGCCAGGAGCAGGCAGUGGGGCCUUGGUACCACCCCAGUGCCCAAGAGAUCCAGCCCCUCUUUGGUGAACACAAACUGGCUGGAGACAGUCGGGGCUGGGUGAAGACACACUGCUGUCUGGCUGACGCUUGGCAUGGAGGCAGCUCUCUGCUGCUCCGGGGCCUGAUCCCACCCGAGGUUGACAAUGUAGCCGUGAGGUUGUUCUCCCUGCUGGUCCCGGUGCCACCCAAGCUCUUCCUGUCGAUGGUGUACAAGUUUGAAGACUCGACAGACGUCCAGGUGGCUUUGGAGCUCACAACAGGGGAUGCCAGCAGCUGCCAUGUGGGUGGCAUUUCGGUGUUGAACGCAGAAACUGGCUCAAGGCACAGCCCCCGACCCCUCCGGGUGCCCCCCACCAAGCUGGCCAGAUGGGCCAGCCGUUGUGGCCAGCAGCUCAGUGGGGGCUGGAUUCAACGCUGCUAUGAGGUGAGCCUGCAUGGGUGCCUGCUUCGGGACCUCUUGGUGAGCUUCUCACGGCCACCCGGUGGCAGCCGGGAGGAGAAGAGCUUCAUUUGUCGUCUUGGAGAGAUCCAGGUGGUUGAUGCCAACAGCCUGCUGACCCCUCUGCCCCGGGUGCAGAAUGUCACCAUUUCACAGAUCCGCUGGGUCCCCCUGGUUUCGGGGUCCGAGGGCCUCCCUACCCGGCUCCUUCUCAGCUGCACUCUACACUGGUCCUACCUCCUGCUCCAAGCCCGGUGCUUCCGGAUUCACUGCCGGGAGCGGACAGGAAGCAGUUCUGCAACGGAGGAGACCCCUGGGACAGAGAAGCCUGUGUUCCUGGGCCUGGCUUUUGCCAACCAGUACCGUGUGGUGGACUUAGCAGUGGCGGCUGCUAGAUUUGGGCAGGAUGGUCGUGUGGAGUUCCUGGUGGAGCCUGUCCCCAGGGAGGGCUUCCUGGUGCCUCAGGUUGAAUGGGGCAGGGCAGUCCUGCUCUACUCAGCCCCUCAGUGAACCCAGCCCACAGCACAGUGCUCUUCUCACCUCAAGACUUGAGGUGUCUUCCUGGGCAGCCGCCCAGGGCUGAGCGGACCGCUGAGUGUAGCUGGGUCCCCAGGGGCCAGGUCUCUAGGCUCUGGCCAUGCUCUCAGGAAGCUCGGCCCCGUGGAUGCUCUAGGUGAGUUACCUAGCACCCACAUCCUUCUUUGUAAUGCUCUCCAUGGGAUGCAAGUCUCAAGGAAGGAGAGGCUUUGAGGAUUCUUCCAAAAAAUUCCAUAAAGGCUAUUACUCAUCGUCUAAAA